AUGGCGUACAAUCCAAGAAUGAGCAUCAUACCCUCAGGUCAGCAGCAGGGCCGCUCGCGGAAGAAGGAGGACGAGGCCGAUGCCUUCAUGCGCCUCCCCGACCGCGAAAUCGUGGGCUGCAUCACCGACAUUGGCAUCCACUUCACGGUCGCGGACCUCCAGAAGCCGAACCCGGCGCACGUACAGCAGAUCUUUGAGUGGUUCGCAGAGCUGCUGCUCAAUGCCACGCGGGAGACGGUCGAGCCGGCCAUGCGCGCCGCCGCCGACCACGUCUGCGGCGACUUCUCCGACGUGGUGCCCACCGACACGCGCAACCUGAUGGGCUUCUACGUGUCGCUGCGCCGGCUGCUGUUCGAGUGCGGAAUCACCGACUUCACCUUCAACGACCUGUACAGGCCGUCGUACGAGCGGCUGGUCAAGAUCUUCAGCUACCUCAUCAACUUUGUGCGGUUCCGCGAGUCGCAAACCACCGUCAUCGACGAGCACUACAACAAGUCGGAGUCUUUGAAGACGCGGAUCGAGACGCUCUACGCCGAGAACCAGGAGAACGAGGCCCGGCUCGAGGACAUGAGGCGCAACCGCAAGGCCAUGGAGGCCCAGGUCCGCGAGAAGACGACGAGGAACGAAGAGCUCAAGCAGCGGCUGCUCGAGCUGCAGCGGCACCAGAAGACGGUCGCGACGCGCCUGGACGAGGCCAAGGCGAAGAAGGGCGAGCUCACCGGCCUCUUGGAGCAGAGGACGCAGGACAAGUUGACGCUGAGGCAGGAGAGCAACAAGCUGCGGCCGUACAUGCUGCAGAGCCCGUCGGCGCUGCAGGACAACCUGGCGGAGCUGCGCGAGAUUCUCAACAGCGACAAGGCGCACAUUGACGCCCUGGACCGGAGGGCCCGCGCGCUGCAGACGUCGACGGACUCGUUCGCCGUCGUGUCGUCGGACGUGGCGUCGUGCAUCAAGAUUCUGGACGACAUCGCCACCGAGCUCGCCAGGGAGGAGGAGGAAAUGGUCAGAAACGCAAAGCAGCGCGAAGCGCUGUCCGAGAGGGGGAACAACGCCAGAGAGGUGGAGCGCGCCGAGGUGAUGCUGCGAAGGCAGCUGAGCAAGUGGACGGAUCGGACUGAGAAACUGCGCGAGCAGAGCGCCCAGAAGGCUCACGAGGCCAAAGAGAAGAUGCACGAACUACGCGCAAUUCAUCGCAGGUUGACCGAGGAGCACACGGAAAAGGCCAAAGAGAUGGAGAUUCGGAGAGUGAGGAUCGAGCAGACAGAGAAGAAGAUGCUCGACCUCAAAGAGACGAUUGAAAACGAGGUACACGCCGCAUAUGACGAGUAUCUCAAGAUGGAAGCACACAUCAAGCUAUACAUUACGGAAAUGGAGCAGUCCAUCAGUUAG